AUGAAGGAUAUGUCCUCUGCCUCUGUGUUCAGGUUCGUACCCGGGCCCUGGUCCCCCUGCAGCACCACCUGUGGGCCCGGCAAGCAAACUCGGGAGGUAAAGUGUCGGGUGCUGCUCUCAUUCACCAAGACGGAGGUGGACCUUCCAGAGGAGGAGUGUGGCGAAGACAGACCCCAGCUGGAGAGGCCCUGCAUCCAGGGACCGUGUACCAAAGUCCCAAGCAUCUCCGCAGGCCUCCAGGAGCAAGGGGCCCCGAACACACAGACGGGGGAAGUGUACAGCUGGGACUACAGGGGCUUCACCACCUGCUCAGCUACGUGUGCAGCUGGGAAGCAGACAGCAGUCGUGAGGUGUGUUAACAGGAAGCAGGGUGAGGAGGUGGAGGACUCUCAGUGUGAUUCAUCCAGCCGGCCGACAGUAAUGAUCCGCAUUUGUAACCCUGAGCCGUGCCCCCCAAGGUGGUCGGUGUCUGAGUGGACGAAGUGUUCGGCUCUGUGUGGAGGCGGCUGGAAACAGCGGCAGGUCUCCUGUCAGCAGCUGGAUGCCAGAGGUGCGGUGAAGACUCUGAGCGCCGCCGCCUGUGAGAGGACGAGCCGACCCACAGACACCGAGCAGUGCACCGCCAGUUACUGUCCCACCUGGGUCACCAGUCCGUGGGGAAAGUGUUCAGGGAGGUGUUUAGGUCCAACCACCACCGUGCAGAAGAGAUCUGUCACCUGCCAACACGCCAACGGCUCCUCGUACACAGACUGUGACCUCAGGGACAGGCCUCCAUCAGUACGCAACUGUUCCUCCGACCUCUGUGAUGUCCAGUGGCGUCCCGGUGCGUGGCGGGCGUGCACGGUAGUCUGUGGGAGCGGCUUCCAGUCCCGCAGGGUGGACUGUGUUCACCGCAGGAGCGGCAGGACUCUGGCUGACCAGCACUGCGCCUGGAUCCAGCGGCCCUCCACCUGGCAGCACUGCAACACCUCCACCUGUGGGAGUGAAUGUAAGGACACCACCCAGUACUGCAGCGUGGUGAAGAGACUGAAGCUGUGCUACCUGGACAUGUACAAACAGAGAUGCUGCAGCUCCUGUUCACAGGAUCCAGACUCCACCUAGUGGCCGCGCGCGGUCACAAGCGCGCUACAUUUUGUACAACAGAUGGACCACAUGAGACGAACGACUGAGCAAACACUGAGAGGACGUCAUCUGUGAGUGGAUGCUUCGAGAUCUGCACAUAUUUAAACUGGACGAGCUUCAGUCCGACUCUUUCACUUCCUAAAAGGAACCCGAGCAGAGCCUCAAAAAGGCUCGACGGAGGAGGGUGGAUUUAUUUUCUGAUUCGGACCCAAACUCCUGAUAUGAAGACAAGUUCUCACUAUGAGGAUCAGAUGGAGUUUUUUGGACGUUACUGCAAAAACUGAACAUUUGGUUUACGGUGACAUUCAUUCAUUAUAUUCCCUCUUGGCUGCCAAAAAGGAACAUAAUGUUUAUCGUAGAACGCGUACCACUGUCACCUGAAAGCAAGACGUAGACUGAGAUAACGGUUUGCCAGUGUGUGAGAAACUGAGGUUCAUCAAAUCAUCAGCUACAUAAAAACAGCCUAAAAUUCUUGUAGUCAUGCUUUUACAUACACUUAUACUCUUCAAACUUUUCUUUAUUUAUUUGUGUAAU